AUGCAAUGCACUGUGACGGGUUUCGCAUGCCUUCGAUCAAAGGCUGCAGAAUGGCGCGGUCUGGACAGGACAGGACAGGCACAGUGUACGCUCGGCACACAAAGCGAAAUCGCAGAGGGGAUCAUCGUGCGUACCUUCAGCGACGCGAUUGAGCCCCAAUUCCCGGAGCGGGACUCGGGAUGGGCCGAGAAGAGGGGCGCUCGGUCUCGGGUUCGUUUUCUGGCCACUGCGCUUGCCACUAUCUUUAUAGUUUGGGGCCUGCAGUUGAGCUUCCCAACGCUGAAGUAUCGGAUUCGGGAGUGCAUGGGGCUGGACGGGGAUGAAGCGGUCAGCAGCUCGUUGAAGUCGUUCGAUUGGGAUGAUAUAAAAGCAACCGAGUCCCUCGAAUUCCAUCCGUGCUACGGCCCUUUCGAAUGCGCAAAACUUAAGCUGCCUCUCGACUACUUCAACAGCGCCCAUCCGGAUAGCAGCGUCAGCAUCGCCAUCGCCAAACUACCGGCCAAAGUCCCUGUCGACGAUCCUCGAUAUGGGGGUCCGGUCCUCAUUAACCCUGGUGGCCCUGGAGGCUCUGGGGUAAUGACGGCACUUGGAAUGGGACACUAUCUCCAAACCGUGAUCGACGCACACGUACACCCAGACAAUGUCGAUGACUCUAAAGGAAAGUACUUCGAUAUACUUGGGUUUGAUCCACGCGGUAUUGGUUACACGGAACCUGCCGCAAUGUGCAUUUCAGAUGGGGCCGCGGCUUGGUCAUGGAGACUCAGGGAGGCCGCUGAAGGUCAUCUUGACAGUUCAGAUGCGGCACUGGGUCGAUUAUGGGCUAUGACGCAUGCCUUCGGUGCCUCUUGCAAAGAAGCUGUCGAUGCUGAGGACGAACCCGAUAUCAAGCAGUUUAUGUCGACCGCCUCUGUCGCCCGCGACAUGCUUGAGAUUGCUGAGAAGCAUGCCGAACUCGUCGCAGAGCAGAAGACUCAGCUGCGUUUAGUGGACCGCCCUCACCUCCCGAAGUGCCCCAAAUCGGAGAUCACCAAAUACGAACCUGGUACGGUCAAGCUCCAAUACAUGGGAUUUUCCUACGGAACCUAUCUGGGUGCGACUUUUGCGUCGAUGUUUCCGGAGCGCGUUGGCCGUUUGUCUCUAGACGGUGUCGUUAAUUCGGAUGAUUACAACAACGCGCUCGGAGAAGGGAGUCUCCGCGAUACCGAAAAGGUCAUGAAAGCCUUCUAUACCUUCUGUCUUCUGUCCGGUCCCGAGAACUGCGCACUGGCCACACCCACGUCCAGCGCCCACGAUAUCGAGAGACGUGUUCAAAGCAUCAUCAAUUCCCUCUAUCACCGCCCCAUUGCUGUCAGUUUACCCGACGAGGGUCCGGAUCUUCUCACCUACUCCGAUGUGAGGUCGCUCAUAUUCCACUCCUUCUAUAGUCCAGCCCUCACCUUCCCGAUGAUAGCAGAGAUCCUUACAGCCAUCGAAGCAGGCCAGAGCGCCGUCAUCGAACGCCUAGUAGCCGCCUUCCGUAGUGUCCAUAUCUACACAUGCCCAACCACUCUGCCCUUCUACUCCGAUACUACUACCUAUGCAGUCCUCUGCAGCGACAGCGUGGAUCAGACGUCGGUGGAUAUCGGCGAGAUGGAAAAGUACUGGCAUGCUCUCGAAAAGUUCUCACCUUCCGCUGGUGCCUAUUGGUCGAUGCUGAAAAUGAAAUGCACAGGCUGGAAGAUCAAAGCCUCGUACAAGUACACAGGCGAGUUCGGCGGCAACACCAGCCACCCCAUCCUCUGGCUCUCGACCACCGCCGAUCCGGUAACGCCCCUGCACAGCGCGAGGAUCAUGUCCAACAGGUUCCCCGGUAGUGUCGUCCUCAUACAAGACAGCGCAGGCCACUGCUCGCUCUCCACGCCUACUCCUUGCACCGAAAAGGCCAUCCGGGAGUAUUUCCAAUCCGGAUCCCUACCAGACCCCGAACAGGUGUGCAUUCCGCCUAAAUCGCCGUUGAGCCUCAAUUCGACGGACCCGAAUUCACCUUUCUAUGACCCGAGUCUGGGAGAACGUACAUUUCUAGGAGAAGAAGUGUGGUCAGCAGAGGAGGAGGAAGCCGCACGCGGAUUGCAGAUGUGGGCAGCCGAGAAUGAGUGGUUUGGAAUGGGGUAUGGAAGCGAGAGAAUCGGCGGAAUGAUGAAGAGCUGGCUUGCGCAACAGCACGCAUGA